AUGUUUGCGUGCGUGCUGCCACGAAACUUUUGGGGUGACGCCGUCCUCUACGCUGUCUACGUUAUCAGAAGAAGUCUGUCGCGAGAGAAUGAGAAGCGAGCGUCACUGCUCGAAAUACUCACUGGCGUGGCACCGGACCUGCGGAAGAUAGUGGUGUUUGGAUCGCACUUUCAUGUGUACUGCGACCCUGGCAAAGACUCGUUGCAACAGCGCUCGCAGAUAGGCACCAUUAUCGGCAUCGCGGAGAAAUAA